AUGGAGGGAGAUUCAGUCACUCUACACACUGGUCGUACUUACCUGAAUGAUGAUUGGAUUCAGUGGUGGUUUAUAAAUAAAAACAGUCUCAUAGCCGAAAUCAAUGUACUGGAGAUCAUAUUCACUGUAUAUGAUGAUGUUCUUGAUGGGAGAUUCAGAGACAGACUGAAUGUAGAUCAUCAAACAGGAUCUCUGACCGUCACAAACACCACAACUGAACAUGCUGGAGUCUAUGAACUAGAGUACAACACUAUGAGCAGGCCUUUUAUCUCACUGUCUAUUUCAGCUCGUCUGCCUGUUCCUGUCAUCAGCAGUAACUCUUCACAGUGUUCUUCAUCAUCAUCAUCAUAUUGUUCAUUGUUGUGUUCAGUGGUGAAUGUGGGUCAUGUGACUCUCUCCUGGUACAAAGGAAACAGUUUAUUGUCCAGCAUCAGUGUGUCUGAUCUCAGCAUCAGUCUCUCUCUACCUCUGGAGGUGGAAUAUCAGGAUAAAAACACCUACAGCUGUGUGCUCAACAAUCCCAUCAGCAACCAGACGAGACAUCUGGACAUCAGUCAACUCUGUCACACAUGUUCAGGUACAGCAGCAUUCUGUGAAGCUGUGAUCUGA